AUGCGCUCUAUCCUUCUCUACUCCUACAAAGAACACGGCUCGAGUCGUUGGAAUCUGGCAUGCAUCGAUUCGCGAACCCGGAGGAUCGUCGUUUCAACACCAUUAUUCUGGACAUCCAUUUCUGUGGACUACCGAGACUAUAAAGGUCAGGACUUUGAGUCUCUUCUUGAGCUCUUGCGGACGCAACUUCGUCGCUGCGGUCCAGUAGUGCCACUCUCCGUGGCUUGGCUCACCUCGACCACCGAGCGUCACAUGGCACGAUUACUUCAGCUGUUCAUCGACAAUAAUGCUCCCCUCAAUCGCUGGAAACGUCUGAUAGUCAAAGCAAACGGGAUCUUUCCGACCGCUAUGCUAAACCAAGAACGCCUGGGAGAGUUUACGAGGCUGGAGAGACUGGUGAUUGCUGGUUCAUAUCCCCACUUUUUCUUUCACCACCUCGAGAAGACUCAAAAUCUUGAAAAUCUAAAAGAGCUCACUGUCCAUUCAGAGCUAGUCCCAUACGACGAGCUCUCGAUGGCAUUACCGCGCGUGAUGAGUGCCAUCAAAAAACUCGAAAUCAAAACGCGCUCUACAUUUUCUUUGGGAAUAGAACCAAACAUAUUCGCCCUCAAAUGCGACAAGUUGGAGAAGCACUGUCGCUUUCCUCAUCUCCAGGAGCUCACGGUGAAUACUUGCUCGAUACAACUGAAGCCGGCUAGCAUUCCGCUCGUCACGCACCUCGACGUACAUUUCCGACUUGCCGAUCCAGAUCCUCUGGUCGUCACCUUUCCAGCACUGACUUCCCUGGUUCUCAGGUGCGCGAUGAAAGACCUUAGACCACUCACUUGGCUUGACGCACCUAACUUGGUGUCUAUCAAAAUCGAUGCUGCAUCCACAUUGACCAAAACGCCCUCUCACGGCGACGCACCGUCAAACGAGGAGCUCGAGUUUCUCAGCUACCCGCGCGUAUCAAAACUCGAAAUCUAUAUCCACUUAUACUCGGCAGAACUGCAUUGUCUCUUGCCUCAUUUUCCCGCUGCGCGGUUUAUGACCAUUCCACUCAACGUCGGGUUUCCCUUUGAACUCGUCACUGGAUUGUUGGAUCUGCUUAUAGACUGCAACCCAGCAGAAAGAGACGUCACGGGGGAUAUUCUAUACAAGGAGCUGGAGAUCGUCGAGGUGUUGUCUGUCCGCGACGUAGACUUUGACGCGGAAGAGUGGAAGGCGGCAAAGAAGACUGUUCCGAGUAGACUUCUCAAUAGUAAGCUCCGCAAAGUCACGGUGAAUCCGAUCAAGUGGACAUGA